AUGACCAGCGUUCUUGUCGUGGGAGCUACAGGCCAGCAGGGCGGAGGCGUCAUCAGCGCGCUGCUGGGUUAUGGCCGUACCGAUCUCACCAUCAAAGCAUUGACCCGCAACACCUCCUCUGCUCCGGCUCAAACCUUGUCUAAGAAAGGGGUCCAGCUAUGCAAAGGAGACCUUCUUGACCGCCAGAGUCUGCUCAACGCCUUAAAUGACGUGGAUGUUGCGUAUCUUGUCACUGACUUCCGAGGGCCGGGGGAUAUUGAAGGGGAGAUGAAGCAGGGGAAGCAAUUCGUAGAUGUUGCGAAGGAAUCAGGGGUCAAACAUAUAGUGUUCUCAUCGGUGGCUGGAGCCGACAUUUCGAAACCAGUCGAUCACUUCUACACCAAGUAUCUCCUAGAAGAGUACAUAAAGCAGUCAGGACUCAACUGGACCAUAGUACGGCCUGUAGGCUUUAUGGAGGUGUUGCCGCCCCCCGGUAUUGGAAGGUUUUUCUUCAUGAGCGCAAUGGCUUCGCUCAUGGGCGACACUAAACAGAAAUACGUUGCAUGCGAGGACAUUGGGAAAGCCGUGGCAGCAGCCCUGAUCAAUCCAACCAAAUUUAGCGGAAGGGUGGUUACUGUCGCCGGCGAAAUUGCCAACGUUGAUGAACUGCAAUCAGCUCUUGAGAAGGGAGAGGGACGCAAGGGCUGGGGGAGGAUCUGGCUUCCUCGUUGGAUUAUCAUUCGGUUGACACCCCAUCACUACAGGCAGAUGUUUGAUUGGCUCUUUUAUGAAAACUGCCAACCUGGAAGCCCAGAAGAGACUAAGGAAAUUGUCCCUGACCUGCUGAGCAUUGAAGCCUGGGCUCGAAAACAACAGGCUGAGAGAGCGAUCGCCAGUUAA